AUUCAGUCGGUACGUCCCUCUCCUUUUCUGCUCUCCUGCUUUCUCCACGAGUUCCUCGCGGUCUCCACCACCCGCUCCCUAAGGGGCUCUGCGACGGUGAGACUCGUUACUCUUAUUCUCCGGUUCCUGACUCGCAACCUUUCCCUCCAUCCUACCGCGACACGAAACGAACCCGAUCUUCUUGCAUGUAGCGCCUUGUUCGAUAUCUCCCGGCUUGUCUCAAUUUUCAGUUCAACCGUCCGUUCGUUACUUCCUAUGCUGCUACGGCCCACGGGGUCCCUCCUACUUCUCUCCAUUAUCUCGAACUGUGACGGACACUCUGCGGGGGUCUACGAAUUUAGUCGCAGAACAUGCCCUGGCGGCCUCUGCCCCGAAUCGCUUUCGCUGUCGCCAUCUACCCCUUUCAACCUUCCACCCCCGCCGAUUUACCUCUAGAAUUGGGCGAUGAACUCUACAUAAUUGAGCGUGGGGGUGUCGACGGAGAAUGGUGCCGUGGCUAUCUAGUCGCUCCGCCGUCCUUGUUGGCUGGUUUAACCAGUACCAAGGGGCAGACACUCGAGGCUAGGGUCUUCUCCGGCAUCUUUCCGCGCAAUUGUGUUGAGAUCCGGGAAGUCCUUGAUAAUAAUGAUCUGCCCAGUCCGCGACUCAAUGGAGAACACAAGAAGAGUGUGGAGCAGCAGCAGCAGCAGCAGCAAGAACAGCAGCAGACGAACAGCACUCGGGAGAAAGAGCAGAGAGAUAGCCUGCUAAGCUCGAACGAUGACGAUCAAGUGAUGACCGGCGAGGUAUCGAAUGUAGUGAUCGCGAAGAAGGGAAAACCUUCGCAAAUAUUCAUCACCAAGCUGGAAGAUGAUAGUCAGGGGAGUCCCCGUUCGGCAAGCAGCACCUGGAAGGGUUCCCCACUACCGUAUACCCCUCUUCCCCGCGAUCCUGAUGCGCCCAAGCCCGCUGCCCCUGUACCUAUGCUCAAAAUCGGCGAUGAAACGCCCACCUCGAUAUCAGAGCCGCUCGUCGACGAAAUCGCCUCAUGUCUCCGCGAAUGGCAUUCGACAAAUCUGCACGAAUUGCUCCUGGCGCAGAAGUACAAUUCUGUAGAGGAGCUAUCGAAUCUUGUUCGCGAACUCGAUUUUGCCCGACGACAAUUACUCCACAACGUGCUUACUUGGCAGGAGAAGGAAGCAUUGCGAAAUGAAAUGGUCUGGAAAUUGGUGCGCGGAAACAAGAUGCUGAGUGGAGAAAUCGUGGUCAGAGAUCCCCUGCAAAAAGGUCGUCUCUUAACUGGCGAGGAUUCAGCCGUGCAUCUGGCAAAGCUGCAAUCGGAGAUGUGCAUGCUGGAGAGUAGUCCGAUGCACCACUUAGACACGGCUGCUCUGUACCACUUGCUACUGGAGGUCAAUGCCGUCUCGGGCCAUUCACCAGGCCCCGUCACGCUGGUGGCACAACUGUGCUCCAAGUCAUCGGAUGCCAGUGCGCUGAAACCUCUGUCGGAGACGUACUCUUUGGACAUUCCGUCUCCGGAAAAAUUCGCCAACAUGGGUCAGAGCACCAAGCUCAAGACUCUCUUUACUGAACUUUGCGCCACGGACCUUGGUGAUGCGGCUGCUAAUGGUAAUAAGCUUUACUUAGUCGUUUCCGCCCGCGCACCAGAGACGCCAGCCACUCUCAGCGGCAUCUCAUAUCAGCCUCGUUCUUCCAUGUCCAAAGAUGAGUCGUCAUCCUCGGCAGCAACUAGCAGGCCACCUCAGGGAAUCAACCACUCAGUGAAAGGCAGUCUGAAAACGCGACGCAGCAUCAUCUGGUCGCACAAGCCGAAGGGAAUUCCUGGUGUAGACCUUCCCAAGGAGAGCCCGAAACUCCCUCCGCAAUCGGCGGGAAGCACGUCCAGCAGCAAGGACCGAUCCGCGACCCAGCCGGCAAAGGAAACCACCGCGAUUCGCACGAUUGGUGUUGGGCUCUUGGAGGUCUCUCAGGUCCUUCGGCAAGAAAAGGAGGCUGAGCACGUGGUCGUCAACAUCUGGUCGCCGCUCCGGGAUGGAGAAGAAGAAGGACUAUCCGAAGGUUUCAAUGAUUUGAUCCGCACACUGUUACCCAGUCCCAAUGGGAAGUACAUGCGGGCUCAGCGGGCGGCGCGGCUUCAUCUCAAUCUGCACCCGUUCGUCAGUACCGAUGCGGAUGACCUGGUACGGAGGAACCCAACCAUCAUGCACAAUGUUGUGCAAACAAGACGGAUGGGAUUCUCUCAGGCCCCGGCUACACCGCGGUCUGAUAUCUAUGUGACGCUCACCCAGGCCAUCUUCCCUUCUGAAGCGCUUCUGUCACACCCUCAUGCCGGCCAGGUGCCCGUUCCUAUGAACACAGGCCUCCGUAACUUGCAGUUGACCCUGGAGGUGCGGACAGCAUCAGGAGCACGGGUUGAUCGAUGCGUUUACCCCUCGUCCUCCAGCAACACCGCGCACACGGCAUGGCGCACGAUUGUGGCCGAUCGUGGCACACCUUGGAACCAGACCAUCCGACUCAAUAUUCCGUCUGAUCAGAUACCCGGGUCACAUCUCGUGAUGAGCAUUGCCGAUGCGCCCGAGUUUCCCUUUGCUUUGGCGUGGAUGCCGUUGUGGGACAACCAGGCGUUCAUGCGGGAUGGCCUGCAUUCUCUGGUCCUCCACGCUUAUGACAAGCACACGUCGAACGUUGAAAACGGAAAAGGUGCCUACUUGUCUCUUCCAUGGAAUGCGCUCGGGAAGAAUGAAUCGACCAAGGAUGAGGCGGUUACUGGGCCCAUGUCGUCCUUGCGUCUGGAGACCUACCUGUGCAGCACCGAGUAUUCCCAAGAUCAGGCGAUCCUGAGCCUCUUGAACUGGAGAGAACGGCCCGUGGAUGACCUCUUAGAUACCCUCCGGAGGGUGCUCUUCGUGCCCGAAAUGGAGAUCGUCAAGCAACUCAGCGGUGUUUUCGAUUCGCUCUUCGGUAUCUUGGUUGAAAACGCGGGGAACGAGGAAUACGAAGAUUUGGUCUUCCAUGACCUUGUGAUGGUGCUUGGUAUCGUCCACGACCGCCGGUUCAACUUGGGACCGUUGGUAGACCACUACGCCGACAACCAGUUCAAUUUCCCAUUCGUCACACCAUGUCUCAUUCGCAGCUACCUGCGCCUCCUCCGCGCCAAUUCGGACCCUGAACAGUCCCGGAAUCUACGUUCCACGUUCAAAGUCGGACGGCAUGUGCUAAAGUUCAUCAUCAAUGCUCGACAGCAGCAGCAGACCAAGGAAGAGGGCAUCGGGAUCACCAAGGUCGGGUCGACUUUCAGCCGCGACAUUCACACGAUAUUCCGAUCGCUCGAGUCGCUGAUGAAGAACCCGUCACCAGCUAUGGUUGGAAGCAAAACGCUCAUCGUUCAGCAUUUCCACACAUGGCUGCCUGAGCUUUCCAAAGUGCUGCCCAAGGAUGAGGUGUUCAUGCUUGCUCUUAGCUUCAUGGACUCUUGCAAGGAUGUUACGGGCAUGCUUAUCCUCUACAAGCUGGUCCUGAUCCAACACUACACUCAAUUCGAGAUCUUUGCUUCGGGGCAGGAACGAGAGAGUUUAAUCUCCUGCUGUAUCAGCUGGUUAGCUCCUUACUGGGGUGCAAUUGGGCAUGUUUCUGACCUAUAUCGGGAUCAAGUCCGCUUAUGUUGCGCGAUUGUUGCCCAGCUGUUGACACAGCCGAAUCCACAGUUGUACGAGUUUAUGCCUAGAAUCUUUGCGUCGUAUUGCUCUAUAAUCCCCGAUGGUGUGGAGGAGACCGAAUACUUGUCUCUACUCUUCAGCAAGACCUUCCCGUUCCAGGUCAAAACAUGCAAGAUCAAGCAAAAGUUUGAUGAAGCUCUUGUGGAGUUGGCAGCCGUCAUGGCGGCCACAGCCAAGAUCCCGAACCCCAAACCGCUGGCACUCAAGGACCUCGAGCUUUCUACUUUCCUUGCUCAGGCAUUCGAGGCGCACAACUCGAUUCUGGAUUGUGAAGCCUACCCUGAAAGCUGGCUUAGUAUGCACGUGUACAAUCAUCGCGCCACGGUGAAGAGUCUGGAGCAUUUGGGUUCGAUAAUGGUCGACAAAUUUUUGCCGGCGCCGGAUGAUGCUGAUACCUUCGACACCAAAUUGUGGGAGUGUUUCUUCAUGACGCUGCUAAAGGUUGUUUCCAGUGAUGCCUUGGCCCUGGAGACCUUCCCCGAACAGAAACGGCGUGCUGUGUGGAAGAUUGCUGGCGAUGUUCGAGAGCAAGGUGCAGAUCUCUUGCAUUCGAGCUGGGAAGCGAUCGGCUGGGAAACAACGGACGAAGAAAGAGAACGGUAUGGCCUCAGGAAGCUUGGUGGCUACCAGGUUCAAUACGUUCCUAACCUCAUCUACCCUAUCAUGGAGCUCUGCCUUAGCGUUCACGAAGGAUUGCGCCACGUUGCGGUCGAACUCUUGCGAAGCAUGAUCCUGAGCGAAUGGGAUCUGAACCAGGACUUGUCUAUUAUCGAAACAGAGAUCAUCUCGAGUCUGGACAGCCUCUUCAAGACCAAGCACAUGAACGAAAGUAUCCUCCAGAAACUCUUCGUUAGCGAGUUGCUCGGCCACUUUGAGGGUUGUGAGACAUUUGAUGAAGAUCUAUCGAAUGCGGUCAAGGGUCUCAUAGUGACUGUUGAUGAGCUGCUGGAUCUGUUUGUUGCCUCCCAGAGCGGUUCCGUGACGGAAAGCUUCAAUACGCUGAGAUUGAUGGAGUAUAUGAAGGACAUGGGCCGAGAGGACAUCUUCAUCCGUUACGUCCACGAACUUGCCAAUGCGCAGGCGACUGCGGGCUACUUCACUGAGGCCGGUUUGGCUCUUCAAUUCCACGCCGAUCUGUACGACUGGGAUCCCAACAAAUACGUUCCGGAAAUCCUCAACCCUGCCUUCCCUGAGCAGAGCUCAUUCGAACGAAAGGAAUCGCUGUACUUCUUCAUUAUCCAGCACUUUGAGGAUGCUAAGGCUUGGGCACAUGCUCUUGCUUGCUACAAGGAGUUGGCCCAGCAAUACGAGUACAUAAUGAUGGAUUUUGUCAAACUCUCUCGAGCACAGGGCUCCAUGGCCAAGAUUCACGAGUACAUUGCCAAGGAGGAUAAGCAGUUUAGUAGGUACUUCCGCGUCGUCUACAAGGGCCUCGGGUUUGCGCCUACAUUACGAGACAAGGAAUACAUCUUCGAGUGUCUCCCGACUGAGCGGAUGGCGACGUUCAUCGAUCGGAUGCAACGGGAGCACCCGACAGCGCAGGUUGUGUCUGCGGGUGACAUACGCGAUUACGAAGGCCAGUUCUUGCAGAUUACUCCUGUCAGUCCUCAGCGUGAUAUGAAUCAUCCUGUCUACCAGCGGACCAAGGUCCCUCAGUCUGUUAGGGAGCACCUGGUGAUCUCUGAACCGUGCCGCUUCUCAUCUACACUGAAGAGACAUGUCAAUAAUGCGAAUGUUGAGGAGCAAUGGGUUGAGAAGGCUAUUUUCUCGACUGCAGAGCCAUUCCCUAACAUCCUGCGCAGGAGUGAAAUCGUCUCCAUUGAGGAGAUCGCGUUGUCGCCCUUGCAGACCGCACUGGAGCGAACAUGGCGCAAGACACAAGAGCUGUCAUUAUUAACACGAAAGGCGGCAGCUGGUGAAGAUACCAGCUUGACGAACCUGACAGAGGCACUUCAGCAAUUGCUCGAGGUCAGCAGCUCAUCGCCUAGCUGUGUGGCGCUGUAUCGCCAAUUCCUUCCCGAGACUUCCAAGAAGGACGAAGAAGGCGGCGAUAGUGAGAAAAAUGAGUCUACCGAAGACGAGACUGCAGAGACUCCCAAGCCUGUUGAUCCUAUGGAAAGCGCACUGGCCGUGGCCCUUCUCGAUCAUGCCUUGGCCAUCAAGCACGCUUUGUCUUUAUACGGCCGUCCAGCGUACCAGGCGACUCAGGCUGAAUUGAUGCGCCGCUUUGAAGAGUCCUUCUCACCGGAGAUUGCAUCUCUUGCUCCGACUACUGCUCCGGAACCAUUGCCGUUGCCGUCUCAGCGCCAAUCUCCAAACCCCAUGGAUCAUCGUCAGCAGCAGCCAGCAGGGCGGGUUAGCCCCGAUCAAGAGUUGAUCCGGUCUUCGCGGAUUGGCCACAGCCGCAAGCACUCGACGAGGCAAUCCGUCAGUCAUCGGAUCGGUAGCAUGAACCCAUUCAAACGAUCCCACCAUGGAGCGAAUGGCUCCGUUUCCACAGCGGUCGCUGAGACGAGGCAGGCGCUCGAGGGCAGAUCUAAUGGUACCUUGGCUGAGCACGCGGAAGAAAACGGCGAGCCUGACAAUGAGACUGCUACGAUCAACAGCCGGACGACCAGCCAUUCCCGGGAGAUUCACUCUAAGCGCCGGAGCUUCUUCGGUGUUGACAAGCCGUACAACCAUGGUUCGUCGUUGUCAAUCGCAGCUAGCAUUACUACCGACGAUGCACACAAGCACAGGAAGCAAUCUUCGAGAAGCACCUCUCGGGAUACAGUGGCUAAGCCAUCACAUGACAUUCGCAUUCAGCCUGUAGCUCCACAAAAUGGAGGUCCCAAGUCGCCUACUAGCCCGCAUGCUGGCUGGAGCACGAUCCCUUCGGUGAGAGAGUCGCCACGGCCGGCAACGGGGCAGCAUAGUGUCAACUCGAUCAAGAGUCCCAAGAGUCCCACUUCGCCUAACGGUGCACCACAUACCAGUGGCGGUGUUCGGGACUCCGUGAUGAAGCGAUUCAGUCUGCUCAGAGGAGUUGGACGGAAAAACAGUCGUCUGGAUUUUAAGGCAGAUACUCAUGGUGGCUUGGUCCAUGAAGAGUGAGGCCUUCCUCUUUCUUCGUUUUAUGUGAAAAUUAUCUCUUGUCUACAUAUCAAUUUCCCCUUGUCUCUUUUAUUGUUUAUUGUUUAAUGUCUGGACAUCACCAAUUCCCGUCAGCGUUGGUUCUGCUUUGGUUUAUUACAAGCAUUUCAUUACCCCGUGUUUGUUGUCUUUUGCAUUAUGGCGCUUGAUUUUGUCAUGGAUGACAUUCCUUUCUAUCUUUUCU